AUGGCCUUCUUCAACUUAUAUCUAUUGGGAUAUCAAAAUUCCUUUCGGGACAAGAAAAGGGACACAACUGAAGAAACAAACCAGAAGGAACUGGUGCCAACUAGGCUUCCCCCUAUUAUCCCAGAAGAUGGGAAUUAUUCUGUGCACCAGAAUAGCCACACAAGGUACCACGAAGCUGUAAAGAAGGUGUUGUUAAAGACAUUCCCCAAUCAGGUCUUCAGAGUCCCCUUGACUGAUGCUCAGAACUUCAGCUUCUGGCGGUCCCAUGAUGCAGGCGUGUGCCCAGAGGAAACCAUGCCGUGGAUCCGAAGCCCCCGCCACUGCCUCAUCAAAAGCCCAAUGACCAGGUUCAUGGAUCACUCUGUUCUUAGUGACAGAAACUUCAGUCUAUAUUGAACAGAAGGGCAAGAUGAACUGUGGAAGCAGAGCAAAGAAAGAGAAAGUGGGAGAUGUCCUGGUUCCACUGACUAACUGGAGGAGGGGAUCGUAAAAGCAGAGUAAACAAACUGGACUAGAAGUCACUUGUGUGCACUGGGAGUGAGGCAGAGGGAAGUCAUUCUCACGCCCAAAUUCCUGUGAGAUCAGAUGUAUGCGGGCCCAAAGCUGGUGUUUGGGAGGAGCCAGGAUACAGAAAAGACCACCAAGGGGGUCUUGACCUCACGAAUGGCAGGUGUCAGAAUAACAAGCCUGGGAAGACACACACUGGUGGUCAUGAUGCUGAAGGGCCUAGAGUAGUCAUGCUCUCUGAAGACUGCAAUUUCACCUUGGCAGCGAGAAAACCAGAAGAAGCCCUCUAUCCACCGAAGGAAAAGGCCCACAGAGCCCUCCG